AUGGACAAGACUUCCAAAGUGUUUGAUGAUAAAUGGACCUACGAUACAUUACCAAGGGGCAGUCGAUGGUUGCUGCGAAUUCUACCCACAAGAUGGUUUCCGCGGUUGCAUCAUGCCAACAUUGAAGCCAGAACGGCUUAUCUGGACCAAAUUGUACAAGGCGAAAUAAUGGAUCGAGUACGACCACACGACAAUGCGAUCCAAAACAUUCGACUGAUAUCCGUGGGAGCUGGCUACGAUGUUCGGUGCAGUCGGCUGCUGUCCCAAUAUUACGCAGACCACGACACUAUUGAAAUGACAGCCUACGAAUGUGAUCUGGAUCACGUCGUCCGGUCCAAACAAAAGAUUCUUGACCGUAUCCAACGUCGUCGACCUCAGUCUCGCCACCCCACACUGAUACCCAUGGACCUCAAUGACCUGAAUGGGACCGUGACACAAAUUCUACAAAAUAUUAUUCUGCAAGAUGGCAACAACAACAACAAUAAUCAAUCCACGCACACCAUUUUCAUUUCCGAAGGUGUCAUGAUUUACUUGAACCAGGGUGUUCCCAGUGGUUUGCUGCAACUGUGCUCCGAAACAGCACUACAAGCGGGAAACACGGCCUCGUUUUGUUUUGCGGAUCGAUUGGAGAAUGUACCAGGGGGUGACCGAGAGGCAGCUAUGCUGGAACUGUCUCGCAAUGGCUGGGAACUGAUAGACUUUUGUCCCAAGCCAGGAUUGGCCCGUCAUAUGGGUCUCGCAAGGUUAUUAUAG